GCCAUUUUUUUUGAGUAGACGGUGUACAGCGUGUACAGUGGAACGGAGAAAUUCAAACGCGUAACAAAAGCGUAAAAGCGCGCCGAGCGCGCCAGGAAGCGCCAGUUUUGCCGUUGUGAAGAUUCAAAACGUUCAAAUGGAACGGCGUGUAGGCACGUUCUGAACUUGGCAGUUACCUCCAACGCCGCGCCGUCAUGCACAUCAAGUCGAUAACCAUCGACGGUUUCAAGUCGUACGGCCAGCGGGUCGACAUCAACGGAUUCGACAACCUGUUCAACGCCAUCACAGGCUUGAAUGGCAGCGGCAAGAGCAACAUCCUUGACUCCAUUUGCUUCGUACUGGGCAUCACCAAUCUCUCCCAGGUCCGAGCCUCGAACCUACAAGACCUCGUGUACAAGAAUGGGCAGGCGGGAGUCACCAAGGCGACGGUGUCCAUCACCUUCGACAACAGGGACACCAGGCAGCGACCUGUCGGCUACGAGCACUUCGAGGAGUUUACCAUUUCCAGGCAGGUUGUUGUUGGUGGGCGCAACAAGUACAUGAUCAAUGGAGUGACCGCCACCACAAACCGUGUUCAAGAUCUCUUCCGUUCAGUGCAACUCAACGUCAACAACCCUCACUUCCUCAUCAUGCAGGGUCGCAUCACCAAGGUCCUCAACAUGAAGCCACCAGAGAUCCUGUCCAUGAUCGAAGAGGCUGCAGGCACUCGCAUGUACGAGAGCAAGAAACAAGUUGCGCAGAAGACCAUUGAGAAGAAAGAUGCCAAGAUCGCAGAACUCAACAAUGUGCUUGCGGAGGAGAUCACGCCAACGAUCGAAAAGCUCAAGGAAGAAAGGCAGGCUUACCUGGCCUACACCAAGGUCUCGAGGGAGCUGGACCACCUCACUAAGCUGUACAUCGCCUGGCAGUAUGUCGAGACUGAGAAUGGAAGCCAGCAGUCGGGCAGAAGGUUGGAAGAAACGAAGGCCAAGAUUUCGAAGUCCCGCACCACCAUCGAUGAAAUUAAUGCCAAGACGAAGGACAUAGGCAAGGAGAUUGCGGAGCUGGAGCGCAGGCGGAAAGAGGAGACUGGAGACCGUCUGGAUGCGCUUGAGAAGGACCUGAAGGAGAAGCAGUUGGAAGAAACCAAGGUGAACUCUGACAUCCAGUUUACCAAGGACCAGAUCAAGGGAGAGGCCAAGAACCAGGCAGGCUUCAAAAAAAACAUGGAUGAGGAUAACGCUGCCCUGGUGAGCAAGCAGAAGCAGGCCGACAAGCUGCAGGCAACUGUCGAUGCCCUCGCGGAGAGCAGCCAGAAAGACGCCGAAGCGGUGGCGGCCGCAAACAAGCACUUCAGGGCAGUCACAGCUGGCCUCUCCAGCAAUGCUGACGGAGAGGAAGCAACCAUCACGGAACAGCUGAGGGCGGCCAAGAGCGACAUAGCGGAGGCAGUGACGGCGAUGCGCCAGGCAGAGAUGGACCUUAAACACUCUCAGGAGGAGUCCAAGAAGAAGCAGGCAGAGUGUCGCAAGACGGAGUCGAGCUACCAAAAGGACGAUGCUGCCAACAAGGCCAUCGAGAAGGACAUCAAUCUCCUUAAGGCUCAGAUGAGCAAGCUCAACUAUGAAGAGGGGAAGGAGGAGGCACUGCUCUCGCAGAAGCAGCAGUUGCAAAGGGAGGUCAACACGCUGAGCCAGAAAGUGGACGUCUUUGAAGCAAGGAACCAGCACCUGAGCUUCCACUAUACUGACCCCGUGAAGAACUUUGACCGGCGUAAAGUACUGGGUCUGGUGUGCGACCUGUUCACCAUCAAGGACAAGAGAGCGGCUCGAGCUCUGGAGAUGGCCGCGGGGGGCAAGCUCUUCAACGUGGUGGUCGACACCGAGGAGACAGGUAAACUGUUGCUGAAGAGCGGCAGGUUGAAGCGGCGUGUCACCAUCAUCCCGCUGAACAAAAUCGUGGGCAGGGACGUCGAGCCCGCGGUGAUGAGGAAAGCCGAGAGUCUGGUCGGCAAGGACAAGGUGUUCUCAGCCCUCUCGCUGGUGGACUUCACGCCAGUGGUGGCUUCUGCUAUGAAGUACGUCUUCGGCACCACGCUGGUCACGACCAACAUGGACGACGCUCGCGUGGUGGCCUUUGACGCCGGAGUCCAGAAGCGGACCGUGUCUUUCGACGGAGCUUCUUUCGACCCCUCCGGCGUCGUCUCUGGAGGUGCUGUGGCCAGAGGCCCGAGCACCCUGGAGCAGGUUGCGGUCAUCCAACAGGACAGGAAGGCACUGGCCGAAGCCACCACCAAUGCAGUCGCCGUUGCCAAGGAGCUUGCUGGCAUCCAGAAGGUUGCCCACACAUACAACAAGCUCAAGGCCGAGUUUGAGCUGAAAGAGACAGAGCUGGAACAGCUGCGGAGCAGGCUACAGCAGAGCACGCACCAUCAACUGCUCCAGGAGUUCAAUGCCCUGCAGAAAUCCAUUGAGGAGUCCAAGGCCAAGUUGGAAAGCUGCAAGGAGGUAGAGAAGAGGGCCACCGCCAAGGUGAAGGACCUGGAGGAGAAGGUGAAGGACUCCAAGAACAUCCGGGAGCGGGAACUGAAGGCGGCUGAGCAGCAGAUCGCUCAGUGCAAGAAGAGGGCCGACGAGUCCUCAAAGAAGUUCGCCCAGAAGAAGCAGGAAGCUGAAGGCCUGCAGCUGGAGAUAGAAGAGCUGCAGAAGUGUCUCACUGGUUACAAUGCCCAGCUGGAGGUCAGCAACAACACCCUCAAGGAUCUGGAACAGGCCCUGGCCAAUCAUCAGCAGAAGUUGGCAGGCAUCAAGGAGCAAGUGUCCAAGGCGAACGAGGACCUGAAGGCCCAGAAGGAGAAGUUGAAGGCGGCCAGCCGAGAGAUCGGGGCCAAGUACACAGAGCGGGACGGCCUGCAGAAAAAGGCCGACGACCUCAAGCUGAAGAUCCAGCAGUGGGAGCACGACAUCAGCAAGGUCCAAAAGGAGGCCGAGGAUGCCCGGCGCAAGCUGGAAGACCUCGUGAAGCAUUACGAGUGGAUUCCGUCGGAGAAGCAGUACUUUGGCCAGGCCAACACGGAGUACGACUUCACGGUCAACAACCCCGUGGAGGCCGGCCGUCGCAUCCAGAAGCUCUCCGAGACCAAGGAGAAGUUGGGCCAGAACGUCAACUCUAGGGCGCAGAACCAGCUGCUCAAAGCCGAAGAGAAGUAUCAAGAUUUGAGCAAGAAGAAGCGGACGGUGCUGGCAGACAAGGCUAAGAUCAUGACCGUCAUCAAGGAGCUGGACGAGAAGAAGAGUCUGGCACUCAAGGCUGCCUGGAAGAAAGUGAACAAGGACUUUGGGUCCAUCUUCAGUACCCUGCUGCCCGGUACAAAUGCCAAGCUGGAGCCGCCCGACAACAUGGACGUACUCGACGGCCUGGAGGUCAAGGUGGCCUUUGGGGGGGUCUGGAAGGAGUCCCUGCAGGAGCUCAGCGGGGGUCAAAGGUCGCUGGUGGCACUGUCGCUGAUCCUGUCGCUGCUGCUCUUCAACCCUGCACCCAUCUACAUCCUGGAUGAGGUGGAUGCGGCACUGGACCUGUCCCACACGCAGAACAUUGGCCAGAUGUUGCGCACCCACUUCAGGCAGUCACAGUUCAUCGUGGUGUCGCUGAAGGAGGGCAUGUUCAACAACGCCAAUGUGCUCUUCCGCACAAAGUGCGUCAACGGAAUGUCGUCCGUCACGCGAACAGCCCAGCGCCUCGAGUUGGACAAGUGAUGCACAUCUUCACUGUCGUCUUCAUCAUCAUCCUCCGUUUCUUUCUUACAUAACCUCUGUACAUUGCAUUUCAUUGACCAGGACAGAUCAGUUUUUUUAGAUACCUUUUUUUGAUAUAAUACUUCCAUGUUUUAUAUCCAGUCUUUCCAGUUGUAUUUUUCCUGUCUUUAUUCUUUUAUAUGUGCAUGGCCAUCUCUUUUUCAAGGUUUAAAUAAAAGUGAACUAUCUUUGUCCAA